AACUUGUCUUUUUGUUUAGCUAAUCUUCCUAUGUAUUAUCGACUAGUCAGUACUUUAAACAUCAGCAAGGUGGAAGAUGGCGACGUUCUCCAAUGUUGUAAUAAACUCAGCUAAAGUAGCAAUUGCUGGUGGUGCUGUUUACUAUACAGUUAAGCAGGGAGUUUGGAGUGAUACCGGUGAAGGUUCUGCAGCCUUAGAAAAUGUCCGUGAAACUAUUCUACCUGCGACAGCUACAGAAUACAUUAGCAAGAUUCCAUCACCAGGGAAUGCAAUUACCUCAGGUCUUGGUAUGUGGAAUGGAGGUGUCCAAACAGUGUUCAGUUUUAUCGCUAAUAUUCCCAGUAAUGUGAAAUACUACAGUAAGGUAGCUGUUACUGAAGCUGUAUCUGUUGUCAGAGGAAGUUAACUGAUGUAGCAUUGUUAUUUUCUUAUAGUCUAUAUAUGUACGCACUUGCAUACAUACAUAACCGAGCCAUCUUGUGCUUGCUGGCACAUAUACAUUAAAAUAUAAGUGACAAAUACAUACAGCCACCAAGUAAGUCAAACUAAGAAGAAAAAUCUAUAACAAAAUAAAAGCUGAUCAUUAGCUGAAGAAUACUCACAAGGAGUAAAAUCAUGUUGGAAUUGGUUACUGAAAAUAUUACUUUCGAUUUGGAAUUACCUAACAUGAUACAAAAAUCAGAACCCACCCUUUAUAAAGGAAAGGAAAAACAAGAAAGAUUACAGUUUUUCUUUUUGUCUCUUAAUAAUAACAUAUGGACUCUUCUGUAAUGCAAUGUGUUUCUUUGUAGAUUCCAUACUUUGCUGAGUUUUUUUAAACAUUGAUUGGGGGUUGAAGUGGCUAGAAUAAGGGAGAAAACAGAAAUCUGUAUGGGGAAAAAAAGUAAAUUAUAUUUAUUUAUGUUCAAA